GCAUACUGCAAUUCCACUUCUAGAACCAGACAGCAUUCUUCAAUUUCACUAACUCUGUAGUGAUUUUCAUGAAUCUCCAAUUAUUCUUGGGAUUACAGCAUAUGAAGAAGUCACAAUUUGUCCUAAGUACAUGCUCCAGAACAGGUAAGAAAUGAUUCUGCUGCCAUUGAAGAUGUUGAGAACAUGACUUACAGAACAGUGAGAUUUCUCCCAUGGAUGGUGGUGAAUAGAUAAAGUUCAAUAAAGCAUCACUAAGGAAAAGAGACAAGAACACCAUCAUGAAGCAGGAAGCACAUCAUCCCAAUAACACACACCCACAUACCAGCUUUGCUGCUAUCUAUGGCAACCAUAUUGGAGACUUCCCUGCUUAUCAAAACUUCACCUUCCCUUUCAACUUCAGCUACAGUGACUAUGAUCAACUCUUGGAUGAUGAUGAUGAUGUGACCAAGACUCGCACUUUCUUUGCUGCCAAAAUUGUCAUUGGUGUGGCACUGGCUGGCAUCAUGUUGGUCUGCGGUAUUGGCAACUUCAUUUUCAUUGCUGCUCUCAUCCGUUAUAAGAAGCUGCGGAACCUCACCAAUCUUCUCAUUGCCAAUCUGGCUAUCUCGGACUUCAUUGUGGCCAUUGUUUGCUGUCCAUUUGAGAUGGACUAUUAUGUGGUACGCCAGCUAUCCUGGGAACAUGGCCACAUCCUCUGUGCAUCUAUCAAUUAUUUGCGCACUGUUUCCCUCUAUGUUUCAACUAAUGCCCUCUUGGCCAUUGCUAUAGACAGGUACCUUGCCAUUGUUCACCCAUUGAAACCUCGGAUGAAUUACCAAACAGCAACCUGUCUAAUUGCUUUGGUGUGGAUCGUCUCCCUGAUCAUUGCAAUACCAUCAGCCUAUUUUGCAACCGAGACUGAAGUAUUUAUGAUACAAAAUCAAAAGAAGUUUUUCUGUGGACAGAUUUGGCCAGUCGAUCAGCAGAUGUAUUACAAAUCCUAUUUUCUUUUCAUCUUUGGUGUUGAAUUUGUUGGACCAGUCUUCACCAUGACCCUCUGCUAUGCCAGGAUUUCACAGGAGCUUUGGUUUAAAACUGUGCCAGGCUUCCAGACAGAUCAGAUCAGAAAAAGGCUUCGUUGCAGAAGGAAAACUGUAUUGGUGCUCAUGUGCAUCCUAACUGCCUAUGUUCUCUGCUGGGCACCCUUCUAUGGCUUCACAAUUGUCCGUGACUUCUUCCCCACUAUCUUUGUGAAGGAAAAGCAUUACUUGACAGCCUUCUACAUUGUGGAAUGCAUUGCCAUGAGCAAUAGCAUGAUAAACACCAUGUGCUUUGUGACCGUCAAGAACACCACCAUGAAAUACUUCAAGAAGAUUAUGCUGCUUAGGUGGAGGUCCACCUACUAUGGAUCCAAAGCUAGUGUUGAUAUGGACAUCAGAACCAGCGCAAUGCCCAUCACUGAGGAGGUGGACUGCAUUAGACUAAAAUGAAAUAUUGACACACAUUGUCUCACAGCCAAGGUUCCAUAGCCUCAUUCACUCCCUGCUUUGCUUUCUUUUCUUCUGUUUUAAUGUGUCAACAUUUACCAGGGAAGUUGCUGUCCAGCAGAGCACAGACUGAACAAGAUCCUGAAAUGCUCCAGAAAGCAGAACACUGGGGCACAACCAGCUUUAUCACUGUUAUUCCACUUUGUUGUGACUCAGUUUCUCUGGUUCGAAAUUAUAUCGACUGUAUAUCUAGGCUAGAAAUCAGAAAAUGAUUUGGAAAAAAUGGGAUUAUUCCAAAAUCUAAGUUUUUUUCCUUGACUCUCAUCAAAAUCCCCAUUAGUUUAUAUCAGGACCGAGGAAACAACAUGCUUGUUCACUCCAUGUGUAAGACAAAGAAACCUUUUAUUAUCAGCCCAUUGUUAUGGAUCAAUGGGCUUCAAAAUGUUCCUUAUAUUAUCAGAACCUGCCCAAGCAAUUCCGAUGCUGUGAUAAGUUCCUUUAAAAUAGACACUGGAAUGGCUGAAAUUAGUUGAAUUUUCUGUAAAACGUCUGCUCUUUUCUUUGUAAUAGUAUCCUUUUAUAGUAUCAGUAUGAUCUCUUUCUUGCAGAAAUCUUGUAGCCUUUGAUGUUUAUAGAUGUAUGAAUGAGAUGUUUUUAUUCCCACUGCAGGCUUGACAGAGUUGCUAUGCUUUCUCUCGGUCAGCUUCUUCCUGUUUCUCAAAUCCAUUUAACUUGUAUUUAAGUUAGGGAAAAAGAAAGCAGAACUCCUAUAUUUGGAAAACACAGGGUUUUUAUCAUUAUUAUGGUCAUCUUUUUUAUUUUUAUAUAUCUAUCUAUUUAUUUAUUUAUUUAAAUGUAUAGUCUGCCUAACACUGUUCUACCAUAACUUUGAUGUGAUUGUUGCUUAAAGCAGUGGUCACCAACUGGUGAUCCUUGGACCACUGGUGGUCUGCGUGAAAAUUUUGGUG